AUGGAAGGCGACCAGGAAAUCGAAUCGCUUCCGGACGAUUUUUAUGCCCCAUUCUCGGCUGAGAAAUGCGCUAAGCUCCACAAUAGGUUGUUGAGCCUGAGCACGCAGCAUCUCGUUGACGGUGGUGAACCCCUACCAGACCGUGUCAACGUUCUUGACCAUUUCCUGCAGGGGACCGCGGACGAUUGGACGGAGGAUGUCGUGAACAACCCGCUUGAGUAUGAAGGGUUUCGAUUCCUGUCCUUGAUAGAGCACAGAGGCGAGGAGCGACUUACUCCGGGUCUUAGGAGUCCUCGCCUUGAUCUACUUGCUGCCACCGAGUGGUUGGGCCUAGACGAAGAGGAUCCCGAGCUCAUCCUCCUCUAUCCCGAUCCCAUAGGCUGGCAUCCAGGCGUCCCGGGUGGUGUACUCUUCAACCUGGGCGAGCUGCGCGCGUGCUUUUGUCCAGCCGGCCUUGGGCCUGCAAGGACCUCAUUUGACUUGGAGCAGUGGCCGCCGCUCGAAUUCAUCCUCUGGAAGCAUCUGGCUCUCUGGGAGACGGGGAAAUGCCACUGGAAUCCCAUCGACGGCCGCAUUACCUACGUCCCAUGGAUACAGGCUGAUCUGGAUGACGCACUCGCAGCUUGGGGCGAACUCCUCGCGUCUAUCGAAGCCCGGCUGCCCCUGACAACUGCCCAGCUGGACUACGCAUACUUGGAACCGCUAGAUAGGGAUUUGUUGACCAGCCUCAAACUCAGCUCCUUCGCCGUCGAAUUUCUCUGUCACGCCAAGAGGCCAGGGUUCAAAUUCAUCGCUCCCGGAAUCACUACGAAUUUCCUCAGCACCAUAGCCGGAGAUGAAAUCGAGCUUGCGUCGUUGAUCCUCCCUGGUGAAGUCCCCGUUACGCCAUCCUUUAUCAUAGUCCCCAACAUGGAACUCAAAACCGAAAAGGAACAUCAGAUGUACACAUUCGAGAGCCGCUUCGCAAAAUGCACCGUUCAGCGUAUGUCAGGGCUGUAUCUAAACCCUCUCGAAUAUAACAACCGGGACCUGGAUAGUACUAUGUUCGUCCCCGUCGAACCUCGAAAUGACAUCUUUCAGUUUGGGACGAAUUGUCUCUGGGCUCCGCAGCGUAGCCCGAGGCUGUGCGAGCUGCUGAGGCACUGGGUAGACCUGGUUGAGGAUGGAACUUGGGCGAUUGGGCCGGAAGGAUCGGGAUUGGGACUUCGCCUAGGGUCGCCGAUUGAGCUUAGCGUGAUUGGGGUCCUGAUUUCGGCUUCGGCCACUGAAACUACGGGCGGCAGACACUUCGCGCCUGAAAUCCCCAUCUUCUCCUCCUCCAUCACCCCCUCCCUCGCCAACACCGCAACCCGCCUGGAACUCAAUGCCCCAGACUCGUACCCCUCCGGCGGUCUCACCCCGCCCAUCUCAACCCUCUCGACCCUCACCUCCUCCGUAUCUACCGGGAUCCACGUACCCGUCCGCGUAAUGAUUCGCCCGCGCGGACCACCGCCUCAGCCUAAUCAUGAUUUCAUUUACAGCGACGACGAGCUGGAAGCAAUGACGGAAAGUAUCCGGGCCUUCAAGGCAUCGGGACUGAUGAGCCGUGAGCGGGGCGACGGGUUCGUCUUCGGAGUGCUAUCGUUACAGGAGAGCUCAUCCGGGGCCGGGACGGGGCUACCAUCGAUAGACUUGCGCGCGAAUAAAAGGCUCGUAGAAGAGGCCCAUCCGUACGGAUGUGCCUUCCACCGCGCAUUCGACUCUAUUCUAGCCACGGGGACGUCGGUGGAAGACACCGUUGAGACUUUGUUAACGUGCGGGUUUGAUGGCGUGCUCACGUCCGGGGGCCCGGGAAACGCCGUGGAUAAUCUGCCUGUAUUCCGAGGGCUUGUCGCCUCUGCGAAGGGAAGGUUGGAUAUUCUCAUCGGCGGGGGUGUGAGGGCUGAGAAUGCUGAGAGGAUCUUGGAAACUGUAGGGCCUGGUGCCCGGGUCUGGCUACAUAGUUCCUGUCUCGGCAAGUCUGGGACCGAUCAAGUGGACGAAGAGGAGGCUGCUGCAUUGGUUCGGGUUAUGAGGGAUAGCCUCAAGUAG